AUGUCUUAUCAUUUCGAUUCUCAUCGGGGAGGCAGCAGCCAAGCCGGCACGUCCUUCGCAAUCGGCGGCCGGGAGGAAAUAGCCAUCCCCGCACAAUGGUCUGACCUGAGAGCUGGUGGACGUGUCUUCCUCCAAGGCCGCAAUUGCGAGAUCAUCGCCAUCCAGCCUUCUGAAUUUAACAGUUCCAUGGUCCGCAUUGUCCGACGUGAUGCCAAAACCAAGGCACCCAUGAACGACCAAUACGUCAAUGUUCGCGAAACCGUCUAUGUCCCUUGCGAGGAAACCUACAAUCCGCCCUCGAGUGGCCGCAAUGAAGGGCUCAGAGAGGAUGCCAGAGGCCCUAGUAGCCAAAUGGUUGCGAGAACUUACCAACCCAGUAACGGUGGAUAUUACCUCCAGUAA